AACUUCCGCUUUUCAACUGUGGCAACUUCCGAUACGACAAUAGCAGCAGAUGAUUAACAGUUAACUUUUAGCUCUCAGUUGGUAGAAGGGGAUAUGGAGAGACUAAAUAUCCCCCCUCCGGGCCCCAUGGACCUUCCGCUGUCUUUGCUGGAGAUGGGAUGCUCUGGCAAGUUUGAGCUCAUCACGUACCCUGUGCCCGAUCAGCCUUUGCUUCCACAGAGCACGCUCCCCCAUUGGCUUCCCCCCACAAGCCUGAACCUGGAGACAGAAGUAGAGAAACAGUUUUUAAGGGAUCCUGCCUGGCUUCCUAUACAUGACACAGACUUUGCCUUCCAAAGGUUUAUCAAGGUGAGUCAGAGAGAAUAUAAUGUUGACUCUCUGCUCAACUGUGCUCCAUCAUCGCUUCACUCUGGUCUGUCUGUUGUCAGAGAUCCAACCACAGGGAUGCUGCUGGACUUCACAGAGGUUUUAUUGGAGAACACUGGCCUCUCAGCAAAAAACUCUCUGUCAUUACAACGCCAACCCGGGCCUCCUUCAGAGAGCCUCCGAGGAAGCAAUACCAACUACCCCUUCCUCCCUGGAGGAAUGGAGGAGAUUACACUGGACCAAAUCAAGAAGAAAUCUGACCUGGAGAAGGAUGUUGACUUUGAGAAGGAUUUUCUCCAAGUUCCACCUGGACUUAAAGCUGGGAUGGACUUCAGUGACAAAGAUGCCAAAAUAGCCAAGCCAGAGGUCAACCUCAUGUCCCUCCUGUCCACAUUUGAUGAUAUUACUGAUUUGCAACCUGAGGCAGAGGAGAAGCAGGAAAGCAAAGGAGGUAAAGAAGCCCCCCAGCUACCUAGAACAAACAGCCUUGAAGACCUGGGCAUCAAGGAUGCUGUGUCAUCCUCUACUGCCUCAGAGAAAGGAAAAGAUGAGAAAUCAAAGCCAAAGGAGAACCCAGAGAUAAAGAAGAAAUGGGCCAUCCCUGUCGACAUAACUUCACCCUGUGAUGAUUUCUAUAAACGCAUCCCCAACCCAGCUUUCAAGUGGCCGUUUGAGCUGGAUGUGUUCCAGAAACAGGCUGUGCUGAGGCUGGAGGCUCACGACUCGGUGUUUGUAGCCGCACACACAUCAGCUGGCAAAACAGUGGUGGCUGAGUAUGCCAUCGCUCUUUCACAGAAACACAUGACAAGAACCAUCUACACAUCCCCUAUAAAAGCUCUGUCCAAUCAGAAAUUCAGAGACUUUAAAAACACCUUUGGAGAUGUUGGCCUCCUGACGGGCGACGUCCAGCUCAGUCCUGAGUCCUCAUGUCUCAUCAUGACCACUGAGAUCCUCAGGUCUAUGCUUUACAAUGGCUCAGAGGUCAUCAGAGACUUGGAGUGGGUGAUAUUUGACGAGGUUCACUACAUCAAUGAUAUUGAGAGAGGCGUCGUGUGGGAGGAGGUUCUGAUUAUGCUUCCUGAUCACGUCAGUAUCAUUCUCCUUAGUGCCACAGUACCAAACGCUCUGGAGUUUAGCGAGUGGAUUGGUCGUAUUAAGAAGAGGCAUAUUUACGUGAUCAGCACAGUGAAGAGACCUGUGCCUUUGGAGCAUUACCUGUACACUGGUAACAGCACCAAGACUCAGAAAGAAAUGUUCCUGCUGGUGGAUGCUGCAGGCAACUUCCUCACUAAAGGGUACUAUGCAGCUGUUGAUGCCAAGAAGGAGCGAACCAGCAAACAUGCUCAAUCAUUUGGCACAAAAAAUACUUCUCAGAACACUACAGCUAGUCAGGAUCGGGCAGUGUGGCUCACCCUGCUGCACUUUCUGUCCCAACGGCAGCAGACCCCAGUAGUCGCAUUCACCUUCUCUCGGACACGGUGUGAUGAUAACGCACGCUCGCUGGAAUCCAUGGACUUGACCACCUCCGUAGAGAAGGCCGAGAUCCACUCUUUCUUCCAGAAGAGCCUGAGUCGUCUUCGAGGAGGAGACCGACAGCUACCUCAGAUCUUGCUCAUGAGGGACCUGUUGAAGAGAGGAAUAGCCGUCCAUCAUAGCGGGAUCCUGCCCAUUCUUAAGGAGGUUAUUGAGAUGCUUUUCUCACGAGGGCUUGUAAAGGUGCUGUUUGCCACUGAGACAUUUGCAAUGGGAGUGAACAUGCCUGCCAGGACUGUGGUGUUUGACAGCAUCAGGAAACACGAUGGGACUGGCUUCAGAAAUCUACUGCCAGGUGAAUAUAUUCAGAUGGCAGGCAGAGCAGGCAGGAGAGGUCUGGACGCCACAGGCACAGUCAUCAUUCUGUGUAAAGCCGGCGUUCAUGAGAUGGCAGAUCUGCAUGUCAUGAUGCUGGGCAAACCAACAGUCCUCCAGUCCCAGUUCAGACUUACCUACACUAUGAUCCUCAACCUGCUGCGAGUCGAAGCCCUUCGUGUGACCGAUAUGAUGAGGAGGAGCUUCUCCGAAAGCCACAGAGACGUUCAGGCCCAGGAGAAGAGGAUCAACCAGCUGAAGCAGGCAUUGUCCUCUCUGCCUCCUCUGGACACAGAGGGCCAGCUGUCCGACCUGUUGCCUUACUACCACACAGUGACAGAGCUACGAACCAUCACUGAAGCCCUGCAGCGCGCUAUCCUGGAGUCUGUGAAUGGGCUGAAAGCUCUGUCUGUGGGCCGAGUUGUGGUGGUUAACAACAAACAGCAUCUCAAUGCCCUGGGGGUUAUACUACAGGUGUCCAGUGACUCAGUCAAUCGUACCUUCACAGCUCUCAUCAUUUGUGAGAAAGGCAAUGAGGAACGAGAAGGAAAAGGCAGCGACAACACAGCUUUCCCUCACCUCUACAACACAACUCUCUUCAUACCUGAAGGUCCUUGCAGCCACACGGUGCAGAAGUUGAAGUUUCAGGACAUCUCAGCCAUCACAGCGAAAACCCUCAAAGUGAUUCCUGACCGGAUCAUCGAUAACUAUAACAAGAGGCAACAGCCAAGAUUCAGACAUGAUCCUCCCGGUCAAGCCAUCUCCACGGCGACACAGGAGCUCCUACGAUUGGCUGAGGCCAACCCUGGCGGCAUAGCAUCCCUGGACCCCGUGAAUGACCUCCAGCUAAAGAGCAUUGAUGUGGUGGAGGGCUCCAUGAGGCUCCACGUGCUGCAGGACACAUCCAGACAUUUCAGCUGCAUCCACUCGCCCACAUUCUCAGAGCAGUUUGUUCAGCUUAAGGAGAGGAUGAAUUUACAGGAGGAGCUGGACAGGCUGCUUUUCCUGGCAUCGGACCAGUCUCUGUCUCUGCUGCCUGAAUACCACCAGAGGAUCAAGGUCCUUCAGUCCCUCCAGUAUAUCGACAGCAGUGGGGCGGUGCAGCUGAAAGGCCGUGUAGCCUGUCAGAUCAGCAGCCACGAGCUGCUGCUGACCGAGCUGCUCUUCGAGAACGUCCUGAGUCCUCUGGCGCCUGAAGAGAGCGCUGCCCUGCUGUCCUGUUUGGUCUUUACACAGAACACGCAGGUGGAGCCGCACAUUACCAACACACUGCAGGAGAGCAUUGAUCGGGUGCUGUCAGUGGCCCAGCGUAUCGGCGAGCUGCAGAGAGACUGUGGGAUACCACAGACAGCUGAGGAGUUUGUAGGCCAAUUCAAGUUUGGACUGACAGAGGUGGUGUACUGCUGGGCCAGAGGCAUGCCGUUUGCAGAAAUCGCCCUGCUCACAGAUGUCCAGGAGGGCACGGUGGUCCGCUGCAUCCAACGCCUGGACGAGGUACUGAAGGAGGUGCGUCAGGCCGCCCGCAUCGUGGGAGACUCCGUCCUGGGGAGCAAAAUGGAGAGAGCCUCCCUAUCCAUCCGCAGGGAUAUCGUCUUCACUGCCUCCCUCUACACCCACUGAGAAGAUGAAGACAGGGAGGGAGGAUGAACGUGAGAGCAUGCCAAAAUGCCUGCAGCCAAGCGUUUCUUUGUGUGAAAGGUGUGAGAAAGAGAUGUAUGGGGGAGGUAGAGAGAUGGUGUAUGUUAACAUGUUUCUGCUACCAAGUGCUCUGUGCCUCAAAAUAUGUUUACAUGAAUAUUUCUGAUCACAAAGAACAUAAUGAUUUUAACCAUCAGACCAAUGUAGAGACUGUGGCAAUGAACAUGAACUCUGGAUUGUAAUGUGUUGUACAGCAGUAAAAUCUGUGUUCAGUAAUAUACUGUCCAAGAUAUCUGUGGAAAUUAAAAUCAUGAGCAAUAACA